AUGGAAUCGAUAGAUCUAUAUUACAUAACUGACCAUGGCGCAGUUAGUUAUGCUCUGGAGGUAGUGGAGAAAGAGCAAAAAAAGAAAAAGCACAUUGAGAUCCUUAACGUCACUGAAAAUGGAAAUUGGAAUGCUUAUGGCGUUGCUGCCAUCAAAAAUGCGAUUUUACGCGAUUUGGGAUGGCUGGGGUACUACAAGGCCGUAGAAGAUCGCAACCCGGGAGUUGUGUUUGUAAAAUUUAAGUAG